AUGGAGAGCCAUGGAGACGGGAGCGAAAAUGCUCCCGGUGGUGAUCCUGGUGGGAGACCAGAUGAGGUUGAGAUGCUACGAGGCAAGGUAGCCUCGUUGGAAGCAUCGCUGGACAGCAAGUUUGACGGCAUGAUGGCCAUGAUGUCGAAGCUGUUGGCCAAAGAAGAAGGGUCAGGCAGCACCACGGAGGGUGCUGCUGCUGGCAGCGGCGCCAUGGAGGGCGCCGCAGCUACUGCGGAAGUCCGGAGAGGGGCACCGCAGAGUUGGAGUGGACAGGGCGAGACGUACCUGCCCGAACCUUUGAGAGAGUCUGGUCCUCCUGCGGGAGGGCGACACAGCGGCGAAGCUAGGGGGUUAAACCCCCGAGAGUCGCCUCUGGGGGCGCUUCGGGAAUUGCAAGAGAUGUAUGACCCGAUCACAACCAUGCAGAAUGCAGAUGACAUGCAGAAGUUAUUGGUCAAGAGAAUCCCCGAUGAUCGACACCCCGUGCACACCCUCCGUGAUAUGCUGACGACUGCCGAACGCCUUACCACGAAAGGCAUCGUUGCUAACGAAACUUUCGUUUUGAACCACUUCGCUGGUGCGCUUCCGAACGAGUUUGCCAUGACCAAGCACAACCUGCGGCACCAGAAGAAACCUAACGAUGUAGAGGCUCUGCCGUUGACGUACGAGGACGUGAAAUGGUCUAAGUACAGGAAGCAGUGGGACGAGGCAAUCAAGAAGGAGAUGGACGGGCAUGAGAAAACAGGGACGUUCUCUAAAAUCGAGAAGCUCCCUGAAGGUCGGAAGGCAGUCAGUACGAAGUGGGUGUUCGAUUACAAGACUGAUGAGAAGGGGUUGAUUACCGACUUCAAGGCCCGUCUGGUUGCUCGUGGUUUUUCCCAAGUCCACGGACAGGACUACCACCACUCUUCAUCAGCGUGCCCAGCCGUUUCAUCGAUUAAGCUCGCGAUGCCCUUUGCCACAGAGGGCGGCCUACCCACACGCCACUUCGACAUUAAGCAGGCGUACACGCACGCAAAGAUCCAGGAAGAACU